AGCAGACUUGGCGGCUUUUUUCGUUUGUCUUUCUGUCUCUUAGUAGUCAACCUGUCUAGUUGUUAACCUAUGCCCAGCGCAGCGGGCCCUUGAUGGGCCCGCUUUCUGGGCAUGUAAUAAUAAAAUAUGACAUACUAGUAACUAUAUUGGACUUUGAGGAUCAACAAUAAAAACAUGAUCUUCACAUCACCCCGCUGCACAACAAAGUCUCCAAAUUUACAGGCAGUCGUCAGGAACAAAAAGAAACUCAGGAAAUACAGACAUAAAAGAAGGAGGGUCUUGUGAUGGAAACAAGUAAUAUUUAUUGAAAACUGCUUACAACUAGUAUGCUAGAUGAAGUAUAGCCUUGUGUUUCAAUUCCACCUAGGUACAGGCACUAGUUGUAUAGUUCUUCGUGAUAAGAAAGAAGAAGAACAGUUUUUUAGACUUGGAGGUCGUGGUAUAGUAAGCACUCUAUUUUUGAGAUAGCACAGGAGCAGAAAGAUGGGCGUUUGUAUUAGCAAAGGUGGCACCGCAGUGGCAGGCCAGCCUGGCGGGUCAUCGUGCACAGUUGAGAAUACAGACAAAGCAGCAUUAGAAAAGGAGAAUGUUGUUGACGACCUACAACAGAUAAAGCCAGCAGGCAUUGGACAAAAUAACAAGGCCCUUGAUGAAGAUGACGGGUCAGGUGGAGGGGACUCUAGAGUAGUUUCAGGAGACACGACCACUCAAAUACUUUUCGGCACAAAAGCAGGAGGACCGGGAAAAGUUGAGGAUAAAACAACACCCGUAGCUCAACACGAACAAGCAGCACAGUCCUCCACUUCAUCUCAUACUCAUACAUCGUCCAGCAGGACUUCCGGUGUUGUUCAGAAGGGAGCUGGCGGGUCAACAUCACGAGUUGGAAGCAUAGGGAACGAAUUUCCUGGUGUAAGGAAAGACUUUGGCGAUACCGCAGAUCUGCAGCGUGGGAAGAACGAAAUUGGAUCAGCACCAGGUAGAAACGAUAAAGACACUGAUGGAGCGACAACAUCGACUAACGCCUCACCCGAUGAUGCGCCUAAGGUUGAGGUUGACCUGAUAGCGAAAUACAAAAAGGACAAAGCAGAUCGGGAAGCCGCAGAGGCACGGAGGCUCGAGCAAGAAGCUUUCGAUAAGAGUAUCGCUGAGUUGUGCGGCUCGUACGGAAAUUUGUGGUAUUUUGCGCAUCUAGAGGGCAUUAUUCCGCCAGAGAACAUCCUUGCCGUCGUCGAGAAACUUGAUCAGGCGCUUAACGCGACCACGAAAGACGCGAACGGGCAGCCACUUCCUGAAGCAGAAUUUAGCGAGUUCCCGCUUCCUUCUACUCCUUCCAGUACCACGACCACGGGAGUAGCGCCGUCACCAAGUGUGUACACAGCGGAGCAGCUCGCAGGGACUGCGAAAAAGGACGAGACCCGCGGAAACAACAGUGCAGGCUUCUUCAUCGCGUGCAACGGAAAAGUAAUCUAUCUAACGUCUUUUCUACCGGCGAUACUUUCCGUUGUAUGUUCGUUGAUGAGUUGUAGUUGAUAUGUAGAAGAACAAGAAAUAUAUAACAAAUUCAAAUCAUUGAUCUUGAUGUCCUCUCCUCGUCUCAUACAACUACCUCAAAUGAUGAAAGUGAUUGCUUAAUUUUUGAAUGCCCCCGUCCCGACAAAUCCAACAGGUUUUGCAAUACACUCCGAAAACGGAGAAGCUUGCUCCUUCACUGUUGGCUUUGUUGAAAGAUAACAUAGCGGGCAAAGAUAUCACAGUGCAAGCUGGCCGCAACAGGUGUCAUCCACAUUAUCCUGUACCGCACACAGUGGAUGAUAUGAACCCGAAGUUUCGAGCAUAUAUUGAAGACGCUGUGUUUCGUGGACCACUCGGCCGUUGCUUUACCUGUGUGGGUCAGUUGGUUCACGAAAGCGUCGUUUGAAUUUGACAAAAAUGCCUAAUUUUCGAUUAAUAUUUUCCACAAGAAGAAGAAUUAUGAGCAAAGAAAACGAAUUCGAUAUUCGCACAUGACGAGGAUGUAAGCCUUGUAGUCAGCAUGUUGACUUUCAUAAAAAAUGCCCAAUCUCUUCUAGUACCGAUGCAACGACACUGACUUCCUUGUUGUGCUUGGUGAGGGGUGGACGACAACGCAUAGCUUUCCGUCGAAACGUGGCAUGCAGCCAUGCAAUUCUUGCACAGAUUUUUGGCUAUUGCUAAGUGACGAUGAAGAGAAUUCUUAGCUUUGAUUUUAUCGCACGAGCGUCCUAGCUCUGCAGGCUCCUGCUCAAAAACUUCGUCAAGUACAACAGGUACGAGACUCUCUGAUAGCAC